AAGCAGACGAGUUGGUUGAGGAAUUGUACCAGCCGUCUGGUUAUGAUUGGGCGCUGGUAAAAUAUAACGCGGCGAUGGGAACCCGCGAGCUGGAAGAUAGGUUCGCGCCGCAGAACUUGGAAGUGGGCGGCAAGCGGUACAAGCUGGACCCGGAGCGAAAAUACGUCGAAUACCUCGGGUGGUCGUUUUACGUGUCCCACUCGCAGACCCUGGGCGUUAUGCUCUUCGACAUACGGUUUAAAGGCGAGCGCGUGCUGUACGAGUUGUCGAUGCAAGAAGCCGCCGCGCAGUACGGCGGGUUCCAGCCGAAAGCCGCUUCGACGCUGUAUCACGAUACCCAUUUCCAGUUAGGCGCCGAUAUGUUUCCAAUGGUUGAGGGGUUCGACUGUCCGUUCGGCUCUACGUUUUGGAAUGUUACUGUCCACAACGGAAACACGUCUACCGUUAACCCGAAUUCCAUCUGUAUUUUCGAAUCAGAUACGGGGUUUCCCCUAUCUCGACACCGCGAAGGAGACGUACCCAACGACUAUGGCUUUUCUAACCUGGGCGUUGUAAAGGGAUCACUCUUAACACUGCGCUCCAUUGCGAUUGUGGGCAAUUACGACUACCUAUUUGAUUACGCAUUCCAUGUUGAUGGGAGCCUGGAGAUCACGGUUCGAGCCUCGGGUUAUCUGCAGUCCUCCUUUUUCUUCCGCGACCAGGGUGCGUGGGGUCCGCGCAUUCAGGAGGCGACACAAGGAUCGCUGCACGACCAUGUGCUUACCUGGAAAGCCGACUUCGACAUCUUGGGCACGGAGAAUACCCUUCAAGUGACGGAGCUGAAGACCGUCAACACGACGCAACCAUGGUGGCCCGAACUAGGCGAGUUCGAACAGAUCGCGCUUGAGACCUAUAACGUCGAGACAGAGCGGGCGCUCAGCUGGGGAGACAACGGACAGCUCAUGUACGCGGUGAACCACGCCCGCGCGACGAACAAAUGGGGCUCGCCGCGCGGGUACCGCAUCGUGCCGGGCAAAUCGAACAUCCGGCUCAGCACGGCGGACUCGCCGUUCUCGCGGCGCAACACCGCGCUGUCCAAGGCGCACCUAUUCGUGACGCGGCAGCACGACACGGAGCCGUGGGGCAACAGCAUCCAGAACCUCAACAUGCCGUGGAAGCCGCAGCAGGACUUCGCCAAAUUCCUGGACGGCGAGAGCGUCGAGGGCGCGGACCUCGUUGUGUGGCUGAACCUGGGCAUGCACCACUUCACGCGCAGCGAGGAUGUCCCCGUGACGCUGUACUCCGAGGCUGUGAGCAGCGUUAUGUUCGCGCCGCAGAAUUUCUUCGAUCAGUCGCAGGACGGGGAUCUUAGGAAUAGGAGGUGGUAUACUGCGCCGGAAACGGCGGGUGGUGGCAAUGCGACGGAGCUUGUGAGCGAGGCGUACGGGAUUGACUUGCCGCAGUGUAAUGUGGCGUUGCGGGAGCCUACCAUUGCACCUCUUGUACAACUAUGAAAAAAAGGUAUCCCUAACAGAAGCAUGGUACAGCAUAGUAUUUAAAAGUCAAUAGCAUCAUCCUAGCUAAUAUAAUAUCGGU